AUGACUGGACAGAAGGUAGCAGAUUAUUCGCAGGGGAAUGACAGGGUGAGGGAUCUGCUGUCGAAGCUCACUUUGGAGCAGAAGGUCUCACUUCUGGCCGCUCAGGAUUUCUGGCGCACUCAGGCUAUCCCCGAACACGGGAUUCCCGCGCUCAAAGUUACUGACGGCCCUAACGGAGCUCGUGGAGAGUUCUUCACCGACGGCACACCCGCAGCUCUCUUCCCCUGCGGUGUGUCACUCGCCGCCACCUGGAACACCGAUCUCCUCUACUCCGUCGGCAGCACCCUCGCGCUCGAGACCAAAGCCCGUCAAGCGCAGGUACUCCUAGCCCCCACAGUAUGCAUGCACCGAUCGCCGCUCGGUGGGCGCAACUUCGAGUCGUUCUCUGAGGACCCCUACUUCACGGGUAAGAUGUCCGCCGCUUAUAUCAACGGGCUGCAGAGCGGCGGGGUGGGCGCAACCAUCAAGCACUUUGUGGCCAACGAGCAGGAGACGUGGAGGAUGAGUGUGGACUCGGUGGUAGAGGAGCGCCCGCUGAGGGAGAUAUAUCUGAAGCCGUUUGAGAUUACGAUGAGAGAGGCAAGGCCUUGGGCGGUCAUGUCCAGUUAUAACUUGGUGAAUGGCUUCCAUGCAGAUAUGAACGAGUUUAUACUCAGGAAGGUUCUCAGGGGCGAUUGGAAGUUUGAAGGCCUUGUCAUGUCUGACUGGGGUGGUACAAACUCUACCGUUCAAUCCAUCAAAGCCGGUGUCGACCUUGAAAUGCCUGGGCCUUCCAAGGUCCGCGGAAAACUCGCCCUUGAAGCCUUAAAACGCGGCGAGCUCACCGAAGCCGACAUCGAAGAGUGCGCUGCCCGCGUCCUUGCUUGGAUCGAGCGUUGCGGGCGCUUCGACCUCCCCGCCGAGGAGCCGGAGGAGAAGGCACUUGACACCCAAGAGACUCGAGACCUAAUUAGACAGGCAGGCGUAGAGGGAAUUACACUUCUGAAGAACGAGAAUAACACUCUCCCAAUUGGAUCGGAUGUCAAGAGGAUUGCCUUGAUUGGGCCGAAUGUGAAGCAGGCUAUUGCCGGUGGUGGUGGGAGCGCAAGUCUAAAGCCCUAUUAUCUAACAACGCCGUUUGAUAGCAUCACUGCCUUGUCGGGAGUGGAGAUUGUCUAUGCCCAGGGCGCGCAGACGGACAAGUGGCUCCCACUCGCGAGCAACGUGUGCACCACGCCAUCGGGUAAGCCCGGGGUCGUGCUGGAGUUCUACAAAGGAGAUAAGUUCGAAGGGGCGCCAAUGUUUAUCCAGAACAGGCCCAAAACGGAUCUCUUCCUAUGGGAUAACGCCCCGAAGGAGGUGCUUCCAGAGUAUUCGUUCCGUGUCAAGACGGUCAUUACACCAGAGACUUCCGGGAAGCAUACGUUUGGACUGUCGAGUGUCGGGCCAGCAAAGAUGUAUGUAAAUGGGGAGCUACUGAUUGAUAACUGGGAGUGGACAGAGGCUGGAGAAGCUAUGUUUGAGGGAUCAAUUGAGGUCAAUGAGUCGACAUAUCUUGAGGCCGGGAAGAAAGUCGACAUCCUCAUUGAGAGCACGAACGAGGUCCGCCCAACACCCAAGGCUGGCGAGAAGACCCACGGAUAUGGUGGAUGCCGGAUUGGGUAUAUUGAGCGACCUGAUAAGGACUUUAUCGCUGAAGCGGCGGAGGUAGCAGCUAGCGCUGAUGUAGCGGUUGUUAUCGUUGGACUGGAUGCCGAGUGGGAGUCGGAAGGAUAUGACAGACAGACGAUGGAUCUCCCUAAAGACGGGAACCAGGACCGCCUCAUUGCUGCUGUGGCAAAGGCAAACCCAAGAACAGUGGUUGUAAACCAGUCCGGUACCCCUAUCACCAUGCCAUGGGCAGACGACGUACAUGCAAUAGUUCAGGCCUGGUAUCAAGGACAGGAGGCCGGGAACGCUCUCGCCGAUGUUCUUCUGGGAUUGGCAAACCCCAGCGGAAAGCUGCCUGUCACCUUCCCGAAACGAUUGGAGGAUAAUCCGGCAUACCAUAACUGGCCGGGUGAGCAUCGUCGUGUGGUAUAUGGGGAGGGCAUCUAUAUCGGGUACCGACACUACGAGCGUGCCAAGAUCGAGCCACAAUUUGUGUUUGGACACGGUCUCUCAUACACCACUUUUGAUUAUGGAAAGCCUACAAUCAGCGGUACCAUCCUGACAGAAAAUAACGCAUUAACCAUCUCAGUUCCUGUGACAAACACCGGCUCUAGAGCUGGAAAGGAGUCGGUGCAACUGUACAUCCGUGAUCCAAAGUCCCGAUUACCAAGACCAGACAAGGAAUUACAAGCAUUUGGAAAAGUUGAUUUGGAGCCUGGCCAAACCAAGAUAGUUGAUCUAAAGAUCAACAAGUAUUCAGUUGGGUACUACGAUACUUCAUUAAGCGGAUGGAUCGCCGAGGAAGGCGAAUUCGAAGCUGUUGUAGGAGCUUCAUCUGCAGAUAUCAAGUAA